GCGCGUCAUCUCUUACAAUCCAUCUGUUUGGAUAUUAUUGAUGCAAAUAAUUUCGAACAUUUAAAGUGAAAUGUGGUGGAGCACCAUCAUUCAUGAACCACAUAUCUUGCCGAAGUUGUAAUGGCAAUUCUUCUAAUAAAUCUGGCAGCGUAUUUUGUAAAUGUUCUGAAUAGUUCACACCAGUUAGCCUUGGUGGUAAAAUUACAGGAUCGAUUAUAAAAUUGUCAAUGAUUCCCAUCCACACAUUGACCUUAAACUCAUGUUGAAAAUGAGUUACUUUAGUGGCAUUGGGAUUCAGCGUAAACACGUUCACUAUAAAAAAUAGUUACACCACUUCUCGUAAAACAUGCUUCAUCUGUAAACAAAAUUUGCUUAGCAAAAUUUAAAUUUUGUAGUCUGUUUUCAUUAACAAAUUGAUAGAAGCCCAAACGUUGUUCAAAAUCCGUAGGCAAAAGGUCUUGUACCUUUUGGAUGUGGUAUUGAUAAAGCUGUUGUUCUUCCACAUCCUUAGAUGCUUGUACUUCUAAACCUCAGCGUCUGGUGGUUAAUGUAGGAUCUUCAUGGAUUCUUUCCAAAAUUUGUUCUUUCAUCUGCGGAGUCCUUAUUAUACGGUGCAUAAUUGACAGUUAUAGGAGUAACACUAAUGGUUACGCGAAGGCGUCUCUCAAUAGCGGCAAAUGUUUGAUGAUUUGGUAUACGCCGAUUUGGAAAGCUUUGCCCCCUAGCACUUUUGCGGCCAUUUUUUUCACAAUACCCAAAAACUAAUAAAAUAUCCAUUAUUUCAUACCUUUGUUUAUAUUAUUUAAUUUAUCCGAGCACUCAGGUCAAGAAUUAUAGACCAAUAAGUAUCCUUGUCAAAGUUCUAUGUCAAAACUUUUGAGAAGAUUGUUUAUGGUUUUUUUAAUUUUUGACAGACAACGUAUACGGACUUCAGUAAAGCUUUUGACCGCGUCAAUUAUGCAAUUUUGAAUCAAAUGAAGUACAGACUCCAUCUGGUGUUCCCCAAGGAUCCCACUUGGGGCGUUGCUUUUUAACACCUUUAUCAAUGAUAUUGAAAAUUGUUUCAUGAAUAGUUCUAUCUGAAAUUUGCGGAUGACCUUAAGGUUUACCGUAGAGUCUCAAAUUUGGAUGUGUUACAUGCAGAUUUUGCCCUAAGCAUGUAACAUGGGAUUUCAUAUACAUUCGGGCAAAAGUUUAUGGGUUUUGGUAUCGGCUUGAAAGGGUUGUGUGAUUUACAGUUUUAUAAAUGGAAUUUGGGGUUUGAUAGUAAUGCAAUUUAUUUUUUUUAAGGCUUUUGGAGUUUGAUUAUUUUUAAGAAUGUAUUUACCUACUCUAUCCUGUCAGCACACCUCUGUGGAGUUAGUCGUAUUAUGUUUCCUUAGUCCCUAUUCAUGUACCUGGUGUUGGGAACUUUUUGACCUUUGGUUUGUUUGGCAAGAGUUUCUAUGAGGCCGGUAUAUGUCUGGGGUAUGGAGGGACUCCUAGAGGGUGCUGUUGUGCCACAGAUUGCGCUAUGAGUGGAGUAAAUAAGACCUAUUAGAUGGUGAUCCGUUAGUGUAGGAAAACUUACAAAUACUUUCUUCUAUAGCGGAAUCAUGUUGGGCAAGGUAUCCUAAUUGAUUUGAAAUUGGCCUCCCCAGUUUUGCUUGCUAUAUUUCCCUUCAAUUCUUCAAGUUAAGUUUUAGUAAAUAAACGUGCCCUGACAUCUGGUUUCUAGCCCUACUAGCCGAUUGACAGUAAUGACUAUUGACACACUUGUUGUUGUGGAGGUUUGGCAGCGUUGCUGUUUCCCAUUAAAGUUUGGUUUCCAUUUGGCGGAUGACGGAGCGUCAUAAAUCAGGCAGAGCGACGUAAGAGGAAAAUUGGAAUUUCGUAGCCCCGUUGGGAAAAUUUUUUUAGUUUUCCAUGUUUUAGUAUCCGAGCAGUAUCAUUUUGCUGUGGUAUUGCGGAAUUUCUAUUUUGAUAGAGUGAGGCUCCGCGUAGUUUGCACCAAGAGGCAGGGUCAGAUCGUGUCGAAGAGAGAGAGUGACAAGUUCACUGCUAGUGUCACCUGUCACUGUCUGGAGUUGUCAGUUCCUUGUCCAGUCGGUAGCCAUCCCGUUAUCAGAAAGAACAGUCGACAUUUUGUGGUUUUAAGGAAAAUUUGAGUUCAUCUUGCCGGUAAUUCGGUUGAAUGGAAAAAUAUUCCUCCCAAGUUUUGGGGUUUAAUUUGAUGAACGUCUAGUGGGAAGUUCUAGCCGAGAGGAUUUCGGAUUGACCUGAUAUUUUUGGAUUUAGUCGGCUGCUCCCACAUCAUUUAUGGGAUUUUGAAAUUUUCUAACCACAAAACGAGACUCUAGGCCUCGCUCACCACCUUAGAGGCCUCUCCUUUUUCUCAUUCUCUCCUCUAUUCUCUGGUCUCUUCCUAUUCUCUGGUUUCUUCUGGUCAUCCCAACACUGUUGGCAACCGGCUUAAGGGAGCCUCAACACAGCCUGGACUGAGCAUUGUACUGUGGCUCUGCGAUUUUGGAUUGGAACUUGCCCGAAAUCGAUUUGCCCAUGUGGUCGCUACCCUGGUUGUAGCUGACUCGUUUCAGAGCUGGAGAGUUAAGCUACCUUAGCCAAAAUGCACAAGAGAUUAGAGGACACGCAAGUUUUUGCACAUUUUAUUUUAUUUUUCUCUUAUUGAACGGUUGAAUUUUUUGGGUUUAUUUUCUUUCAUGUAAAACAAAAACGUUAAGGAGUCCUUGUCUAUUCUAUUAACAUUAACCUGAGGGUUUCCAUUUGCGUCAAGCAUCGACAUAAUUGAUUUUGACAUUGAGCCUGGAUCACCUUGUAAGGGAUCGGCUAUUUGCUACAAAUUUCAUAUUUAGUCAUAGUGUUGGUUGUUGGUUAAUAGGUUUUAUUGCACCAACAUACCAUUAGUAGGCUUUCAAAUUCGAACCUUACUAUUUAAAAGUUUUAUUUAGAUUAAAGUGACUUGACUAGAGUUUGUAAAAGGUAUUUAGGGCCAGUAAGGUAUUGUGAAUUAGGCUCCAAACAUAUACUUCUUAUAAACAACACGUGAUUACGUUUUGGAUUUUCCCCUUGAACAGUAGUUCAGUGCGGAUUUGUUUUUUUUUCCUUACUAAUUCCUCGCCUUAAGCAUACCUCAAGUAACUCUUAAUUCUUUUAUCAAUUUUUUUUAUUUACUUAAAAUUACUACAGUAUUACAUUUUGACUAAUUAUCUAAAUUUAAAUAUCUCAGUGGAAUUUAAUUUUUUAUAUAAAUGGAAGUGACUAUGUAAAUUCUUUGAUGAUUAUAUCAAUCUGGUGGACCUAUGGAUUGUUAUUAGAGUUUUUCCCAAAUUAUUUUCAGCUUUUAGGAUCUAGGUACAAGCAUAAAUAUUAUAGGUCAUCAUUUUCUUAAUUAAGGGGGGCUUAUAUUACCAUCAUAAUAUAUCAGGGUUUGGUGUAAAAUAUUUAAAUCAAGUGGCGCUCUUAUUAAAAUUUCUCGCACUACCUUCUCCACUGUCUAAAAGCUGGCGGCCACCAAAUCUCUGAAUCUUUUAAAACAAAAUUUGCUUGUCUGGACUUAAGGAAGGUAAUUUUUUUGUGGUUGGAUAGUAGGUAUGACUCACAUGGGUUGGAAAUAAAUUGGUUUGAACCGAGUUACGCGCUACAUUUUGGCGCCCAACGUGGGACCAAUAAAAUUAAAACGUCACUUUCUUUUUGGAAAUCUUGGAAAAAUUUUUGGCAACUUUUUUUUUAAUUUUAGGAGAAUUUUUCUAGCAAUUGGUACGGUUCAUGGUGUUUUUUUAUACAAUUGCUGGUAAUUUGUGGUAUUUUCAGUGUAAUUAGGUUGCCAACCCCAACUUAACUUUUGUGUUUUUUUCUUUUCCUCAUUUUUUUUUCUGAGGUUUAUUAAAGGUUCAUUAUGCCUCGAAAAGUACAUGUUAAUAGAUUGAACAAGGACGAGGUUAUUUAUGAGCUCGCCAUUAGGGGCAUUGCUGAGGGAAGCGUUGAGGAGAUGCGUCCUAGGCUGCCUGUUGCUUUUCAGCUAGAAAGGAAUGGUGAUAGUGUAAGGUUGCCUGAGUAUCCUUUUUCCUUCGAAGAGGAUGCACUGGCUGUUUAUAAGAAGACCAAAGAGGUGAGCCUGUUGGUUGGCAAAUUCUCUAAUGGUAGGAAGAGUGGAGAAUUUAUGAAACUGCAGACCAAACUAAGCCAUAUUUUGAACCGGUUAGAUCAUAUGGAUGCGGGAGAUGACAAGGACAAGGGAAAAUCUAAGUCAGAACUUGUAGGGAUGGUGUUGACCUUGCUGGCUAAAUUAGAGGAUACUGCGACUAAGCAUGAGAGGGAAGAAACCAUUCCCCCUGGUCUGAAUCUGCUUGAAUCUCAGGCUGGAGGUUCUAGUACAAGCCAUAUCACUGUUGAGGGCUCGGAUGAUGAUGAACAAGUUUUCAAUGCGAACCUUGGUGGAGUUACAAACUCUUCGCCCAUCCCUCGAUCAUCUUCUACCUCCUUUUCUCGCGUUGUGCUUCCAAGCAAAUGGAAUUUGCAGUUCUCCGGUGACAAGAAGGGUCUAUCUCUUAGUGCAUUCCUCGAGAAGGUUGAAGAACUGAGAAUUGCUCGGCAGGUUCCUAAGGAAAUUUUAUUGGAGUCUGGGAUUGACCUAUUUACUGGAAAAGCAUAUCGAUUCUAUUUGGCAUAUAGGCGUGAUGUGCCUACUUGGGAUGAAUUCAUUUUUUUACUUCGUGAAGAAUUUCAACCCUGUAACUACAAUGAAAAGUUAUUCGAUGAAAUCUGUAAGAGGACACAAGGGCAGGAUGAAAGUAUAGGUAUAUAUUUAGCAGUCAUGGCUGGGUAUUUUAAGAGACUCACCUGUCCCAUAUCUGAAGAGGCUAAAUUGAAGAUUCUCCUUCGUAAUCUAGCACCCUUUAAUCAAAGUCAGAUGGCUCUGAUUGAUGUAACAUCGAUUAGUCGGUUGCGUACUCUAUGUCGACGCUUGGAGGAAAGAAGAGAAGCAGUGGAGAGUUAUUCACAACCCUCUAGGCGUGGCAAUCUUCUUGAACCUGAUUUGGCUUAUAUUUAUGAAGUCACUGAAAUAGAGGCAGGCAUUUCUACAUUGAAUGUUAAUAAUAACCCAAUUCGGUCUGAAGGUUUAGAGAAUCCCUGCAGUGAAAUCAUUUGCUUUAGGUGCAAGAAGCCAGGUCAUCGUGCCAUAGGAUGUACUCUCCCAAGGCCUAAGUUCUGUUUCCGGUGUAAAAAGGAUGGCGUCACAGUAAAAACUUUGUCCCAAUUGUAGGUCGGGAAACGCCACAGGGCGCUCCUAAGUCGAGACCAAGACUUGGUGAGUGCCGGUGAAAAUAUUGAUCCUAUUCUUAGUUAUGUCCUCGAUAAUGCCCAGAACGAUGAGAGGCCUUAUUUGCGUGUAAAUAUUUUAGAUAAGGAAGUUUUAGGUCUUCUCGAUUCCGGUGCAUCACGUACUGUU